CUCCCUCUGACGCUGCUGCCCAGCCUGCGCGCCGCGCGCCUGCGAGUCCCCGGCGGCGCGCCCUCGCUGAAGCGGCAGGCGGGCUCCACGGGCGGCUGCGCGCCGCCCCAGCGCACGGGGCCUCCGGGUGGCUGCGCGCCGCCAGGUGGCCUCAGGCGCUUCUGGGGGUCUCCCGCUGCGGAUGCCUGGCCCUCGCGCUUGCCUCGGGGGGUGCGGGCUGCUGGUGCACUCGGAGGCGGCAGGGCCAGGCGGGCGCGAGUACGCCAAGUUCGGGGGGUGGUGCUGCCUCCGCUGCAAGGACUCGGGGGGCCAAGGGGACCACGGCAAGAAGUGCGAGCAGCGACAGGCCCCCGCCAACACGCCGAAGUUCGGCGAGGAGGACCUGCCGCCGCGGGAGAGCCAGAAUGUGUGUGAAUCCCCCUACUUUCCUCCUAUCUUGCUCAUAUCCAUCGCCCCUUUCGGCUCGGAUGCAGGUACUCGUACUCAGAGGGUGAAGAGGACAACUACCAUCAUCCUCAUCACGUCUACC